AUGAGCUACUGCUAUCCGAGUGGAGUCAACUUGCAACCUCCUGGUCCGCAUAAUGUCACCAACUCUGACGACGGCUGCGCUUGCGUCGAAACAGUCGCUGCAGGCCUUUCCAAUCCUCUUGGGCUGGUCAACGCGCAGGAUGGUUCCGGGCGACUGUUCAUCAUCGAGCAGAAGCUGGCGGCGAGGUACGCAUGUCCACUGAUGAAGCGUCGAUUUGCUGGUUUGGUGUUCGCAAACGCCCUCACGUUUUUCUUGGAUAUGAUUGUUGUUUACGAACAGCAAGGGUUGCUGAGCAUGGCGUUCCAUCCUCAAUACAACGUGACAGGACGAGUAUUCAUUUACUACUCUUCAACUGAGGCCACUUCGGCGAAUCAUGUUGCCAUUUUGAGCGAAUACCGCGUCAACGCCACCAAUCCCAAUGCCGUAGAUCCUACAACCGAGCGUGUCAUUUUACGCAUUCAGCAACCCUAUGCGAAUCAUAAUGGAGGAACGCUUUUAUUCGACUCUAAAGGCAUGCUUUUGCUUUCUCUGGGGGAUGGUGGCGCAGGAGGAGAUCCUCACGGCAACGGCCAAAAUUUCAAUUCGCUACUUGGCUCUGUCGUCCGCCUGAACGUGUCAGACACAGCGAGUCCAUACACGAUCCCGACGGACAAUCCCUUCCCUGCCACUUCCGGUGUUCGUCCAGAGAUCUUUGCCAAGGGUCUCCGCAAUCCGUUUCGAUGUUCAUACGAUCGUGCAAACUCCUCUCGCUUGAUCUGUGGCGAUGUUGGACAAGCAGUUCGCGAAGAGGUCACUUAUGUUGUCAGCGGAGGCAACAAUGGGUGGGCGCGACGAGAAGGGUUUGCUUGCUACGGUGAUUGCGGACCUGUGGCCAACUACGUUCCGCCAAUUCUCGAUUAUCCCCAUGCAAACGGGGAUGCUUGUGUUAUUGGAGGCUACGUCUACCGGGGAUGCACUUUCCCGGGAUUCCAGGGCAAGUACAUUUUUGGCGACAACAUUUCCGGUCGCUUUUAUAUCGCGCAAGAAAACGCGACUGUGGCAAGCGGCUGGACAUUCCGUGAACUCUGCAUUGGCAGUAGCAACGUGUGCCAUGGAAAGUCCAAGAGCACCCACUUUCCCAUUCUCAUGACCUUUGGUGAAGACGAAAAUGGCGAGCUGUACUUUGGCGCGACCCGUGACGGCGACGUGAAUGGUGCGACCGGCGCCGUUUACCGCCUCAGCGACCCAUCUCUGCGCGCCAAUCCAGCCACCUGUCCAGACUUCAUUUCGCCAGCUCAGCUCAUUGACGAGUUUAACUCGACCAGUUCUCGCGGCAACAGCGCUGCCACCAUGCUGCACUCGGUCUCUGCUUGGAGCGUGAUUUCUUCAGUUCUGUUUGUUCUUGUUGGAAGGGUUCUCGGCUAG